AUGCUUGCACCCUUGUUCCAAGAGUAUUUGCAGUUCUAUUCUUGGUUGUUCGUUGCACAAGAAGCUACCUUCGAAGUUGCUCUGUGUGUGAAGGAAGCUCAGAAACAAUGUUUUCUUGAGGAAACAGAGCAUGAUUGUGGAUCUUUUCAAAAUGGUCUGGAUGAGAGUGAUUGGCUUGCUGAACUGACUGAGAUUGGAAUGCUUGAAAUAUUCGAAGAUGUUGGCCUCUCUACUGUUCAAACAACUUGUUCUUCUCAAGGAAUCAACACAACUAACUUGGAACAACGUUGA